GGAAUUCCCAAAACCCUAAUUCAUAUGUAUCCCCUUUUGUGAUCGCAUAAAAGCUUCACAAUCUCUUCUAAAAUGGUGUGAAUUCACAAAAUCAGCCAAGGGAGAUAAGAAAUUUUAACUUUUUAACAAGCAAUGGCGUGUAUCCCAGGCUUAAACCCUCCCAAAACCCUAGGUAUCUCAUCAUCGUCGUCUUCUUCAAUCGGCAAUAAUUUACUGUUUUCGUCAUCAGCAAGAACCCAUUUAAAAAUAACACAGAUUUCGAAGAGAUUUCCGAAGAUUUCUAUUGUAAUGGCGACUAAGCGGCAAGAAAGCGAACUGAGUUUGAAUGCCUUGACAAGCAGCGAUCGUAGAGAUGAAGUUAUGGUUGCUGUAAAAAGCUCGCUUUCGAACUGCCUUUCGGAGACGAAUCUUCAUCUUGCAAUCCCUGAUCUCAAAUCCAAAACAAGAGGCAAGGUUAGAGAUAUAUAUGACGAAGGAGAUUAUCUUGUCCUAGUCACAACGGAUCGACAAAGUGCUUUUGAUAGGAUUCUUGCUUCAAUUCCAUUCAAAGGACAAGUUCUUAAUGAUACAAGUUUAUGGUGGUUCAACCAAACACAGCACAUUGCUCCCAAUGCAAUAAUAGCAGUUCCAGAUAGAAAUGUUACUAUUGCAAAGAAAUGUUCUGUUUUCCCUGUCGAAUUUGUUGUUAGAGGGUAUAUGACCGGAAGUACUGAUACAUCAUUAUGGACUGUAUACAAGAAUGGCGUCCGAAAUUACUGUGGCAAUGUUCUUCCUGAAGGCAUGGUGAAAAACGAGAGGCUACCUGCAAAUAUAAUCACACCAACUACUAAGGCUGCCGAUCAUGAUGUUCCUAUUACUCCAGAUGAGGUUGUCCGACAAGGGCUGAUGAGUCAAGCUGAUUAUGAUGAAGCGAGUAGGAAAGCAUUGAGUUUGUUCGAGUAUGGCCAGCGUGUGGCAUCAGAACAUGGUCUGAUAUUAGUCGAUACUAAAUAUGAAUUUGGAAAGGGCCCAGAUGGUUCCGUGCUUUUGAUUGAUGAGGUCCAUACACCCGACUCAAGCAGAUACUGGUUAGCCCAUUCUUAUGAAGCCCGGUUUCAGAAUGGUCAUGAACCCGAAAAUAUUGAUAAGGAAUUUUUGAGGUUGUGGUUCAAAGAUCAUUGCAAUCCGUACGAGGACAAGGUUCUCCCUGAUGCUCCGGAAGAGCUUGUUACUGAACUCGCAUGGCGAUACAUUUUCUUGUUCGAGACGAUAACGAAAUCGAGAUUUCAGAUACCGGAGACAAGGGAACCUAUACAUGAUAGAAUAAGUCGCAAUGUCUCAAAGGCGUUGUUAUUGCUAAAGAAGUAGUUUCAAAUUUAUUUCCGAUGUGGGUAAUAAGCAAUGCUAAGUUGUCGUAUGUUUUCUUGUAGAAGGUCGAUCCUUUUGAACUCGUGCCAUCUGUGCAAGUAUGGACGGAUAAAUUUGUUUUAUAAGAGUAUAUUUUGACGACA